GUGGUUUCUGUUGAGAAGGAGAAAAAUAAGCUGAAGAGGAAGAAGCAGGAGAGCAAACACAGGAAAGACGAAGAGAAGAACAAAGCCCGGGAGGAAUGGAAUAACUUCUCCUACUUCCCUGAAAUCACCCAUGUUGUCAUCAAGGAGUCCAUGGUCAGCAUCAACAAGCAGGACAACAAGAAGAUGGAGUUAAGCCUGUCUUCCCACGAGGAAGCCUUGUCUUUUGUGUCUCUGGUGGACGGCUAUUUCCGGCUCACGGCGGAUGCCCAUCAUUAUCUCUGCACGGAUGUCGCGCCUCCAUUGAUUGUGCACAACAUAGAAAAUGGUUGUCAUGGCCCCAUCUGGUGGGUUAAAUUGCCUUUUGAGCUGCCUUUGAUGGAAGGAGAAUGAGCUGGUGGUCUGGUC